AUGAUCGCAAUCUCGGCCUUUCACUACUCUCAUCGGCUGGUCAUCAGCCAGAUGCAAAUUUCCUGUGCGGAAAGAAGGCUUCUUGAAGUUGAGAAUACUUCACUGUGGCAUAAGUCACAGGGACGCGACUGGCAGCUGAGCCAGCCAAACUUCUCGCCCUCACUGCGUGUAGCUCUAGCUCAUAAGCAAAGAGCCUUGCAAUAUCUCAAGAUAGAAAUCCAGGACGACGAUGUGACAAACAACGAUGCCGCAGUGGCAGCUAUCGUUCUAUUUAUCUGCAUGGACGUGGUUGAGUUUGGCAGCCGUGGAUGGGAGCAUCACCUGGGAGGUGCUGGUGAAAUACUCCAACAGCGGAAAGCUACCCUUCAGAAUCGCAGUAUUGGAACCGAUCAUUGGCUGGAAUAUUUUGACACAGCCUACACGACAUUUGGGAUCAUCGGCGCAACACUGGCGCCAGCAAAGGGCUCUUUCGCUCAGCAACUAGCAUCCCUUGAUCCGUCUCUCCUAAGGAUCUUGCGCCAGUCGGAAGAUCAAACUUGGGUUGGCUGUCCUGCCGAGCUGCUGUACCUAGUUUCCGUCAUCAACUCUAUGCGAUCACUCUCGACGUGUUCUGAGACAGAGCAGUUGAAGGUCGAUGAGCUGUGCAAAGGUCUCGACAACUUCUCGCCAUCAGCUUGGGCAGAGAAUUUCCCAGAUCCGGAGCACUAUCAGUCGCGAUCGCACCUUGCGCACGCUUACAAGGCGGCGGUUGAAGUAUACGCCUCUCACAUUGUAGGGCCGCUGCUCGAUCAAGGGCAUAAUCUCUCUGACCUGUAUCUCGAAGGGGUAACUCGAUCCGGCAUACUCCAUAUGCUCUCCAUUUCAGCCCAGGACUUCCAUGUGAAGAGCCUGGUGUGGCCGGCCUUUGUCGUUGGGGCAGAGAUCCAAGCGGCCGAUCUUAAGAUUAUGGUACGGGAAAUCUUCAGGAAUAUCUGGAUAUCGUCGUGUUGCUACAAUGUUAGAAAUGCCAUUGAGAUGCUGGAAAGGAUCUGGGCCCGAGACGAUGAUGAAAAGAUGGCAAAGUCUUGGCUCAACUACCUCUGGUCACUGGAAGAUAGUUGGCUAUUCCUUUAG